AUGAGUCAAUUAGUUAAGGGAAAGGAACAGAAACAAUUCUCUUUUGAUUACAAUGGUGUUUCAGUGCAGUUUCCCUUUCCUCCUUAUGAUAUCCAAAAGGAUUACAUGAGAAUGGUAAUUGACUCCAUUCAAAACAGGAAAAAUGCUAUGCUAGAAAGUCCUACGGGAACAGGAAAGACAUUAUCACUCUUGUGUUCGGCUUUGGCUGCAAUUGAUUUUCGAAUGACCAGCUAUAUUCCAAAGCAAUACGCUGAUCACCUAAAGAACAUCGAAACAUCCAACUCAAUAAGUGAUAAAGUGGCGAAAGGGAUGGCAAGAAAAAUCAGCCCAAUUUCGUCAGCAGAUGUCGCAGGAAGAAAAUUGAUAUACUGUUCUCGUACACACACACAAAUAAAACAAAUUGUGAGAGAAAUCAAAAAAACGGUGUACCGACCCAAGUUGAUGGUACUUGCCUCCCGUGAUCAAAUGUGUAUCAACCAAGACGUUCGAGGUCUUCCCCAAUAUGCUCAACGCGCCACAUGCCACUUCCUUGGCCUAACCUGUCCCUACCAUCGUAAUGUGAAUGGCGACAUCAUUUCUGAUCUUUUUCACGUGCAACCACCAAGAGAGCGCGAAUUAAUGGAUAUCGAAGAUCUAUACGCAUACGGAAGAAGACGAAAUGUGUGUCCGUAUUAUAUCGCGCGCCACGAAGUGUCAAUGAUCGAAUCGGAGCUUCUCCUCAUGCCAUACAACUACAUAAUGGACUACCACAUCCGAUCGCGAUUGAAUCUCGAUCUCCAAGAAUGUGUCGUAAUCGUCGACGAAGCGCACAACAUCGUCAAACCCACAAAGAACUCUAAGUGA